UUUCUGUUAAAGGGAAAAUCGAUUGUUUACAAACAAGGGUUUCCUCCCACAGGUAGAUGCUAAAGGAAAUGGAUUUAAAUAACAAGGAUGGAGAAACUGGGCCUCCGGGGCCCAACAAUCGACCACAGGAGCCCCUAGCCAGAGGAAUUGUUGAUGAUGAUGAUGGACUCAGUGACUUUGGAUCCCCAAAACGAGGCCCAACAUUGUCCACAAGCACAAGCAGUUUCGAAGCUCUGGACCCUCAUGAUCCAAAUCUCAGUCACCUGGCAACUUUAAUGUUUUCACACACAUCAAAUUACUUACAGGGAGAGUUGUCUGCAGUCCUUGAGGAUUAUGCAUUACUGGAGCAGAUGAACAAGGCAACCAUCACCAAAUAUGCCGAUAUGCGACAAAUAGGAGGAAGCGUCAGUCGAGCACUGAAAGACCUUAAUGAAAAGUAUUUAGCACUGCAGCCAUAUCUAGACCAGAUAGAUCAGAUUGAGGAUAGUGUAACUAAGCUGGAAGCUGCUGCUUACAAACUUGAUGCGUAUUCCAAAAGACUAGAAGCAAAAUUCAAAAGCUUAGAGAAAAAAUAAGUUUUUAAAAUGAUUCCUGAUUAUCAUUACCUAAUUUUAUUUGGUUAUUGAGCUUCAUUAGACGCAGUACUGAAGUUUCUAUACUGUAAUGUGUAUUGCUUCAUCUGUUUGUAAUUUUACCUAUCCACUUGACUACAAGGUAACAAAAAUAGAACCCCAGUAUUUGUGAAGACUAGAGGAUUCACUGGGCCUAUAAUCCCAUGAGAAAAAUCAGAAUUUGCUUUUGACCAACAAUACCCCAAGCCAGAAUUCCAGCUAAGGGUGGGAGGUCAUUCAGGACAAGUUUUUCACUACGCAUGCUUCCAUUAUCAGGCAUUGAAAAGGACCAGGCUACAAAAAUGAUACAUGCAAAAAUUAUCAUGACACAACAGUGACAUAGAAAUAUAUAUGUAUGCACAUUACUGUAGUGACAUAGAAAAAAUAUGGUACUUACGAGGUUAUGACCAAAAAAAAAAAAAAUAGACCAAUUCCUAUUUCCUCCAUGAUUCAGGACUGAGAAUAGCAAUGGAAAAUUCAGGGCAAUGAUGAAGGUGAGAGUAUGGAAAUACUAGAAUAUUUGCUUCAUAUCCACAAUAAAAGACCUUGAUAUGUUACUUUAAAAAAUCAUAGAAAAGGUAAAUGUGAUAGCUAUAUGUAAGUAUGCUAGUCUGAAACACCAAAUGAGAAGGCACUUGUCAAAGAAACAAUUAAAUAUGUUUUGAUCAGUGAAUCUUUUAUUCAGUAAAAUCAGUAUCAUUCUUAAUGGCUCAUAAUUUAUAGCACAAGAUAAGCCUUGAAUAUGUGGAGAUGAUAUUUUAAAUAGGCUGUCAUAUCUCCCCAUCUGUCUUUGUGCUUUAGGAGAACAUUAUAUGUGUAUAUGUUCUUUAAAAACCUACAUUUAUGCUGUGAAAUGAUAUUCAAUAAUGUGUAAGCAUUAUGUUAUUGUAUUUCAUUAUAUUAUUGAUAUGUAACAUAGACAAUAGAUAUUUAUAUCAUAUGAAAAAUACAUUGUGAUAUUUGUAAGUAAUAAACUCUAAAAGAUACAAUUAGC